CUGCGAGGAUCGUGCAUCAUUCGUAUCUAUAACCGCAGUUCAAAAUAUAUGAACUUCAAAUAUUCACCGUAACAUUUUAUAUGUUUAUCAGUUGAGAUAAUUGCGAUUAUUAUCCGCUCGAUUGAGGCGAUUGCGUAGUUCGCUAUAGCGUGUCACGACAUCGGCCUUCUGGCAAUACAAUAGAAUAGAAAAUCCAGUUAAUACAUGCGAAAAGGUUUCUUGUUUUUGCUUUGUGAUUUUGCUUACCACAUAUGCAUGGUUUGGCAUGACUUUAAGAAUCACGAGCUUGAAGAAAGCAAGUAUUCCUGUUCCUGCAUUAGCUUAAGUGUGACACAGCCAACAAUGUGACCUAAUAUAAUCUUGUUGUCACAAAACAGGACGUAAUGCUACCUUUUUACGAAAAUAUCUAUCAUUCAGCUUAAAGAACUUUGAAAGUACGUGUGUUAAGGACCGUAAUCAUGGAGUUGUUGCGACCAGCAAAGGUUCCACAUGAUGUAACCUGUACUUUUAUCUACGAACCUGUACGAUGUACUUUUAUCGACGAACUACUUUGAUGUAUAGCCUUUUUAACAUAUAUUUUCGACAAUUGUGAUUGCGAAAAAACUUCCUUCAUUCUGGGCCUUUUAGUUUUCCAAAUGUAUCAUAUGCUAGAUCCUCUUAAAGGACCACAGGAUUUCUAUUUGUGAUUACCAAUGAAUUAAUAGUAAAAUAAUUAUAAGUAAAUUGACUAUCGAACCAUUAGGCUAAAUUGACCAUCAUUUGAAAAUUAGAUGUCUGAUCGACUUAAAAUGUAUCUGAGAGGUGACUAAGUGACGCGAAUAUGGUAUCUCAAAGAUUGAAUGAUUCUACAUAAACGAAGCAGAACCCCCUUACUGGGUGACAUAGCAAUCAUCAUUUUUUUUCGAAAGGGUGCAUUUCAUCAUGGAAUAGUCACUUUUGGGUCACUCCCAAAGGUAAAGUAUUAGUAGCCUGAACUCUCUUGUAAAUGUCUCAACUAUAUUUGAAUCGUUUCUUCACCUUCCUUUGUUGUUGUUGUCCUGUACCGCAGAUAAUGGCGUCUCGCCUGAGCGACGGUGGUCUGCCGCCAAUGUACGAUGAGACAGUGGGCAUACAAAGAGAAGGCACAUCUUCAAAGAAAACCACUCUUGUUGUCCUAUGUAUCUUAUUUGUGGAACUUUGUGAACGUCUGACAUUUUACGGUUUAACAGCAAAUCUGGUGUUUUACUGUAGAGAUGUUCUCAAGCUUUCUUCACCAUUACCAAGCACAGUUGCGUUAGCAUUUCAAGGGACAUGCUUCUUCACUCCUGUUAUAGGCGGUUGGCUGGCUGACACCGUAACUGGGAGAUACAACGUUAUAUAUGGAAGUUCGUUACUCUACAUAGUCGGCACCGCUCUUCUUACAGCUACCACUUAUAACUACCCAACAGCCUACGCUUUGAGCAUUCCAGUUAAGGGGGCAUUCCUAGCUGUCUCGCUUAUCCUAAUUGCCAUAGCAACUGGAGGAAUUAAGGCCAAUGUGUCCCCGCUAGGAGCAGAUCAAGUCAAAGACGAAGGACAAGAAAUGGUCCAGAAAUUUUUUGACUGGUUUUACUGGUUUAUACAGGUUGGGUCUCUGAUCGCUUUCACGGCAGUUGUGUAUGUCCAACAGCAAGUGUCUUUUUUCUACGGCUACUUGCUAACUGCCUUGUCUAUGAUUUUAGCAACCUUGCUGCUGUUGUUUGGAAGAAACCACUACAUAGUUCAUUCACCAAAAGGAAGCUUCCUGACUGACACCCUACGAAUUAUUGGUGUUGGUAUCAAAAACAAACUCCGCUGCAAGAGUUAUCAUAUUCAAAGUCACUGGCUCGAUGGAGCUAAAGAUGAUAUGGGAGGACAUUUUUCAGAGGAAGUGGUAGAAGCUGUUAAGUCGUUGGUUCGCCUGGUCCCAAUAUUCUUAACAUUUAUCUUCUACUGGACAAUCUUUGGGCAGGGUCUCACCACGUAUCUAUUGCAAGGCUCUUAUAUGAAGUUGGAAAUCACCGAUAAGUUCACAUUUCCCGCGGCGUCACUAAGUGUAUUCGAAAAUGCGUCUUUAUUACUUUUGAUUCCCCUUAUUGAUCGAGUUGUCUACCCAGGCCUCCGACGUCUUGGCUUCAACUUCACUCCUCUGCGCAGAAUUGGCGUUGGAUUGAUUUUUGCUGCUGGUUCUGUGGCCUUGGCAGGAAUCAUCGAAAUUGUGCGAAAACGUUAUGGAAGGGUCAAACAGAAUGUUUUCAAUACAACCAUUGAUGCAUCGACUAUGAGCGUGUUUUAUCAAGUGCCACAAUAUAUACUCCAAGGAGUAAGUGAAGCUCUGGUGUCUGUAACAGGUCUUGAAUUUGCCUAUUCCCAGUCUCCACCCGAGUUGCGUGGCGUGGUAAUGGGUUUGUGCUUGGCUAUGAUUGGCUUGGGUUACUACGUAGCAAGCCUGCUGGCGUCAAUUGUCAAGCACGCUUCACAUAGCAAGUGGUAUCCUGAUGACCUCAAUAAAGGCACACUCGAAUGCUACUUGUUCCUUCUGGCCGGGCUUAUGCUUGUUAACUUGGCUGUGUUCUUGUAUUUAGCAUUAAGGUAUCACUAUGUCGCCGAUGAUCCAGACAGCCCUGAAGAUUAUAAGCACGUUAAGAGAAAAAGAAGCUACAAAAGUGUCAACUCUUCGAGUUUUUCGGAUAUUUCCCAAAACGAUCUCGAUACGCAGAUUUCUAUGAAGUGCCAAAUGAUGGAUUCUCCCAGAGAUGAAAAUGACGAGCUUUGUUCAAAUUACGACGAUUAUGAAGAAAACCCUUCAGAAUUGAAUGAAUCACCAUCUGAAGAUCUAGUCUCCAGCAACACUUCUCUUACAGUUGUUUGUAUAUUAUUCGUUACCUUAUUUGAACGUCUGUCGUAUUAUGGGGUGGCUGCAAAUCUGGUGUUUUACUGUACUGAUAUUCUUAAUCUUUCCUCGCCACUAUCCAGUUCAAUCGUCUUGGCAUUUCAAGGAACAUGCUUCGUUACUCCUAUAAUCGGGGGUUGGCUGGGGGACACAACAGCUGGGCGUUACAAUGCCGUAUAUGGCAGCUUACUGGCCUACGUUAGCGGCACCGCUCUAUUCACAGCUACUACUACCUCUAAACAUUCAGGAGGUUAUGUCUUGAGCAGAUUAUACCAGGUGUUAUUUCUAGCUGCGUCCCUUGUCCUAAUUGCAAUUGCAGUGGGAGGAGUCAAGGCAAAUUUGUCAUUAAUGGGAGCAGACCAAGUGAAAGGCAAAGGACAAAAAGUGGUGGAGAAAUUCUUUGUUUGGUAUUACUGGUUCAUACAAGUUGGUUCGUUGCUGGCCUUCACAGCUGUGGUAUACAUCCAACAAAACAAGUCCUAUUUCUAUGGUUCCCUAAUAACUGUGGCUUCAGUAGCGUGUGGAACUAUUAUGGUGCUGAUGGGAAGAAACCAUUACAUACUGCAUCCCCCUAGAAGCAGUGCCUUGGCCGACGCACGACGAAUUUUUGCGCUUGGUAUCAAAAACAAACUCUGCCGCAUAAAAGAUCCACUUUGGACUCACUGGCUCGACGGAGCUAAGACCACUAUGGGCGGUGCCUUCUCUGGGGAAAAGGUAGAAGCUGUCAAGUCCAUGGUUCGUUUUAGUCCAAUAAUCUUCACGUGUAUCUUCUAUUGGACGAUAUACAGUCAGGGUACUACAGCAUUUUUAUUGCAAGGCUCUUACAUGAAUUUGAAAGUCAUUAAUACGUUCCCAUUUCCCGCGGCUUCACUUUCCAUAUUUGAAAUUUUGUGUGUGUUAGUUUUGAUUCCCAUUAUUGAUCGAGUUGUCUACCCGGGCCUCCGACGCGUUGGCUUCAACUUCACUCCACUUCGUAGAAUCGGCGUGGGGAUGCUUUUUGCUGCUGGGUCUGUGGCCUUAGCAGGAUUGAUCGAAAUCGAGCGAAAACGUCGCUUCGGAAGAUUCUCGCAAGAUGUUUUUGGUGUUAAAAAGAACGCAUCGUCAAUGAGUGUGUUUUAUCAAGUGCCCCAGUAUAUCCUCCAAGGAACAAGUGAAGCUUUGGUGCCUGUAUCAGGUCUCGAGUUUGCCUAUGCUCAAUCUCCACCAGAAUUGCGUGGCUUAGUAAUGGGUGUGUGUUGGGCAAUGGUUGGCGUGGGUUACUACGUGGCGAGCUUGCUGGUGUCAAUCGUCAAAUAUGCUUCACACGCCACUUGGUAUCCUGAUAACCUCAAUAAAGGCACACUUGAAAACUACAUGUUCCUAUUAGCUGGGCUUAUGUUAAUCGACUUGGUGGUUUUCCUGUAUUUAGCAGUGAGGUAUCGCUAUGUUGACCAUGGAGAAGGGCCUGGAAAUGAUGGCCACCGCGCCCCCGGACGUGCCAGAGUUGUAUCACUCGCGACAGCUGUACCCGUGAACAAUGACGUCUACCCUCAGUUACUAGUUCGGUGAUCGUGUUAUAAAUGUGUUAAAAGAUAUGUUGUCUGUUUGGAAAACAAACGCAAGUUGCAUGAGGCUGUCUGAUCUUGUAGUUAUUUGAAGUCUAGAUGGAAUAAAGCUUUGCUCAUCUAGGCUUGUAGUAUCUCGAUCUUCAACGAGAGAUCCUGUCCUUUCAGUAAAGACAUCAGUCGGGCGUGGAGAGUGUAUAGGAUGAUUUUUAAGUCCAAAACGAUUUAAUUCCUUUGAAUAGCGUUACGUCACGAGGACUUUUCUGUUGCUUAAGGUUAAUGCAGUAGUCCUUAGAAGCUGCUAGUUUCCUAGAAUCAGGAGAAUCCUCGGAUUUUGGACUCUCUUAGAAUAUUGCAUAAUUCAGGAUCUCGACUAAUGAUAAUAAUUUCUCCGUAAGAGAAAACCGCUCCCCAACUUCGGAACAAUCAUAGUCUUAAAUAUAACUUUAUUCAAAAGCCAAUCUUUUAACCAUGUAUACCUUUACAUUACGGCAGGAUAAGUAAGAAAAGUGCGGGUAUCAACAACGCAAUAACUCCAGGUAGAGACUAUUGGAACAGGAUCAGCGAACUGUCUCUAUUUUAAUUUGCGCAGAUAAUUUGUACUAUUGUCAUAUGCAACGUAUUUUUGGGAAUAUGAAGUAAUCUUUUUCUUUCAUUUAAAGUUUUUCUCUCGAAAGCUAUUUCACACGGCUCUAAAUAUCAUGUGUUAAGUCCUCGUGCGCUUGAUGGUGCAUCCCAGCUUUCUCACUCAAUUACGACAUUCAUAAAUGUAUAUAAAAAUAUUUACCGACAAAACUCAAAUUUCCAAACAACGUUUAAUUGGUGCAACCGACAGGAUUCAGUAAUAAAGUAGCGUUAAUUAU